CCUCCGACACCAGACCCCAAUGUCACAGCGCCCCUUCCAGCGCCCUGUACCGUACACCCUCCCUCAGCUCUAGCCCCUGCCCCCAACGCCCUGCGAGCCGACCAGCUGCCCACCCAGCCCAUCUACUCUGCCCCUAGGCUACUGGGCAGCACAGAACCCCACAAUGGAAGCGUUCCGGGGUUGGAACCCCCCGUCCGGUCAGAGACGGAGUCAGCAGAAGGGGUGUUCCUGUCUGGAGAGGAAGGGGAGGAGUCUCUGGGUCUGACCAAUGACAGCCUGUCCCGCCUCCGCAGCCCCUCAGUCAUGGAGAUCAGAGAGAAAGCCAAUGAGAGACUGAAGGAGGAGCUAGCCAAGGCACAGAGGGAUGUUAAGUUGAAAGACGAGGAGUGUGAAAGGCUUUCUAAAGUCAGGGACCAACUGGGCCAGGAACUGGAGGAGCUCACUGCUAGCCUGUUUGAGGAAGCUCACAAGAUGGUGCGUGAGGCCAACAUCAAACAGUCGACGGCUGAGAAGCAGCUGAAGGAAGCUCUGAACAAGAUUGAUGUGCUCCAGGCGGAGGUGUCUGCCCUGAAGACCUUGGUCCUGUCCACGUCCCCCACCUCCCCCUGUCACGACCUUCCUGGGGGCUCCAAGGCCCCCUUCAAGAAGGGUCACGGCCGCAACAAGAGUACCAGCAGCGCCAUGCUGGGCAGCGGACAGGAACUGAGCGGCACACAGCCCAUCGUACGAGACUGCAGAGAGCUGGACAGUCUCCUGUUUAGUGAGUUUAAGUUGUGGAAGGAGGAGCCCAGUCUGGAGAGGAACAGCUCCUUCCUGGAGAGAGUCUACAGAGAGGACAUCUACCCCUGUCUCACCUUCUCCAAGAGUGAGCUGGGGUCGGCCAUCUUGGAGGCAGUGGAGAGGAACACGCUCAGUGUGGAGCCGGUGGGCUACCAGACGCUGCCUGUCGUCAAGGCAUCUGCUGUGGAGUGUGGAGGACCAAAAAAGUGUGCCCUUAGUGGCCAGACCAAAACCUGCAAGCACAGAAUCAAGUUUGGUGAUUCCAGCAACUAUUACUACGUGUCUCCUUUCUGUCGUUAUCGGGUGAGUUUUACCACGUCUACAGCACUCUCAUUUAUCAACCUCACUCUCAUUUAUCAACCUGUAAUCCCCUACGACGUCCACAGCACUCUCAUUUAUCAACCUGUAAUCCCCUACGACGUCCACAGCACUCUCAUUUAUCAACCUGUAAUCCCCCCGUCUACGGCACUCUCAUUUAUCAACCGUCCACAGCACUCUCAUUUAUCAACCUGUAAUCCCCACAACGUCUACAGCACUCUCAUUUAUCAACCUGUAAUCCCCUACGACGUCCACAGCACUCUCAUUUAUCAACCUGUAAUCCCCUACGACGUCCACAGCACUCUCAUUUAUCAACCUGUAAUCCCCUACGACGUCCACAGCACUCUCAUUUAUCAACCUGUAAUCCCCUACGACGUCUACAGCACUCUCAUUUAUCAACCUAUCACGUCAGUUUGCAUCCACCAAGGGCUGGUCAAGCUGCAGGACG